GAUCACUGAAGUUAAGCAACGUUGGGCACGGUUAGUACUUGGAUGGGUGACCGCUUGGGAACACCGUGUAACGUUGGCACCCAAUUUUUUUUUCUUUUUUGCAUUUUUAUUAUUACAGCGGAAGGAGGGACUAUCGAACGUCUCUCCGGUGAUACGCAUUGAUUAAUCAGCUAACGAUUAAAAUUACAAUGCAGCACGAUCUAAAGAUUGUAUUAUUGUUAUUCAACGAGUCAUCGUCGCUGCGCGAGAGAUGGAGAGAUUGCGUUCCUCGAAUAGGACGGUCGACAUAUCCGAGCCGAUAUUGGCGGAGGACAGCACGUUUUCCACAACAGCGUUGUCGUUGAGCGCCGCGUUGGAGCAGUUGGACGAGAGCACGAAGCAUCACGAUUAUCUUGUCGCCCUGCUGCUCGUGCUGUUGGCGGAAUCCGGAUUCAGCGUCUCGUCCGCCUCCGACGCACCGAAAUGGGAGCGAAAUACAAGAUUAGUUCAGAUACCUGUGAACUGGAAGUCGCAAGAAACGGGCGUGUACGAGAUAUAUUUGACGUUGCGUGACAUCAAUUGCGCUGGCUCGAAGCUGUUCGUAAUAGCUUACGGCGAUAAAUUGAUACUCAACGUGCUGUCGCACGUUGAGGAGAAGAGGGUCUACAGCAUGGUUGUACAGACGUUGAAGUACGUGAACCCAUACACGACUAAUUUGUGUCUGCGGUACAUGAAUCUCAAGGAGAUAUCGCACAGGUUUAAGGACAAGCUGGUCACGCCUUUGCGCAGAGACAUGCUGGUAGCGUCGAGUUCAAUGGGUCCAAGUUUGGAAAGCCUGCCCAUAGAGUUACGCGCGAAAAUCGUGGAUAUGCUGUCGCGGCAGGAACUUGAGUGCUUGUCGAUAUGCUCGAAGAAACUUCACGAGUCUUAUUCAGUGCUGUUGCCAAGGAGAACUGUUAUCGAAAACUGUUGAAGGACUUUGUGCGAAAAUUUGUAGAACGCAAAACCGUGUGUAAAUUUCUAUCGAUGUCUUGGUGAAAUAUCACUCAUCUUAACUGA